AUGCUGCACACUGUGCUCGCCAAGAACCUAGCAGGUUGGGAGGUGAUGGAGAUCUUUGCUAAUAGUGUGAACGAGGCCGACAGGGUGUUCAUGGCUCUUCGACACCAGGUUCUCCAACUAGCUGUUGUCUUCAUGUGUAGCAUCAGUCAGUUAAGCCCCGGCGCAUACUUCCUGCGCCGAGACCUCUUUCCUUGCAUCGCUAAGGUCAUCACAUCCCCAGAUACUCAACGCUUUACUUUUGAAGCGUCGCUCCUCCUCUCUAUUCUAGCGAAUUUUCACAAAUCUGAUGCAGCGAGGCUUAAUCCAUACCUCCAGCGCAUACGUGAUACGCAAGACACAGAACUCAUGCGCAAGAUUUGUUGGGCAGCAGGGUUUGCACUCGAUGCUGCUGUCAAGGCAUACCAAGAAAUCUCGGACGAUUCGAUCCCCACAUUUGCAAAGAGCGUCGGAGCCCUGUUCACCUCUCUCCUACCCGAUCGUGCACUAGCAAUGCAGCCACUCGACGUACCUCGAGACUUCCUUAAGACUCAACCCAUCGAGGCGACUGUUUCACUCCUACCCGUUUUCGAGUUCCUUUUCUUCAAUCCGCCUUUUGCGCAGGUGCUAGUGGAUAUGAUACACAAACCAUCUGAUAACAAACAGAGCGCACCGGUACCCCCACUAGCAUAUAACAUCCUCUCAUUGUCAUCCUAUGUGUUGACUCAUGCCUCGUCUUCGGCGUCACCCCGCACGUUGGCUUAUGCAAACCUUGCAUUGAACACACUUCUUGUGAUGUCCGAGAAUGCAGCUAUAAUGUCGGUCUUUUGUAAGCCUGCCUCCUCGAAGGAGGCAAUCAGGCUGUGUCGGCAGAGACUUCCACUCCUUCCAGUGCCAUCGUCUACGCGUGCACCAAUCUGCGCACUCCUAGAUUGUUGUGUAUUAUGGCUACGCCAUAAUCUACAUAAGCGGCUCGAGGUGUACACGUUCACUACGUGUAUCUGGACGUGCCAUCGCGUCAUAUGGUAUCUACAGAAGGAAAGAAUACGAUUAGAAUACGACUGGCUUGAAUUAUGGAAGGCUGUUGUUGACUUACUUGGGUUUCUUUCCGGCAAGCUAGAUAGUUUGGUGACCACUGGAGGCAUCGAGCGUCUAGUCCAGGAGACUAUCCGGUUACUUGACCUUGCUUUGCGCAAAGCAGACCUAAUUUUACCUACACCCACCGCCGUUCAUGAGUUCAUCUAUGAAGUCGUCCGCUCUUCCGCGGUGAUUAGAAAGCAAACGCUACUUCUAGAAUCACUAGGACAACCCACGUCCGUAGACCGUGGGGCGUCGUUGCGUUCUGACAGCGCAUCCAACACCCUGUCCCGUAUUCUUUCCACGGCCGCCUACUACGAGGGAAAACUCACUUCUGCUGGUACACGCAGCGCCAAGGACGCAUUCCGGACUGUUUCAAAAGACAUCGAGCAAAACGGCUUGCACAGUGCGCAUAAUGCGGACGACACAGACCCACCGAAACAUGCGGAGGAUGUCGUCAGUUUUAUUCGUGUUGCCUGCACAGAUGGCUUAGCGCUGAUGUCGUGAGUGUAAGCUGAUGAGUCUAUUGGAAAAUUGGCGGGACUCCGCUUCGGUUGUGACGGGAGAUUCUAGGACUAGUGCUACUGAGACUGCUGUCAGUGACUCCGUCGGCUAUAGAUAGUCUAUCUCGCUGAGCGCUUAGAUAACUAUGUGUAAAGGUUAAAAAGUUUUUUCGAGUAGCCAUAAAUGGGACAGAAUGGUCCCCGAGCAUCCUCGAAGGGAUUCAAAUAGAGGGCGGUGAUCAAUGAAUAGCGCAGGUUGUUGGCCGUCUACCAACACGACAUCUGCCUGCUAGUGAAUCGAUGGGAUGCCUCUCACGAAAACCGCGAGCAUCUCGUUUAUCGGCCAUUUAUCAGCUUCCCAGAGGCCUAUCGAUAAGAUUAUCCUGCAGUGUUCAAACGCGUAAUGAUACUACUCGGUGAAUGAAAAUCUGGCUCGGUGAACAAGGUCACUGAGUGUCACCCAUUCCUUUUCAAUUCCGUACUCACCCGUCCACCUCUUCCUC